UCCGUGCGGCGCUGGGGCCCGGCGCCGCGGCUCGCGGGGCCGCCGGAUUGGAUUGCCCGCGGCCUCCCCAGGCUGCUGCCCCGGCGGGGCUGCGUGCGCAGCCUGCGCUGAGCCGAGAGGCACCGGCGGAGAUUUCGGGGAGACUGAGCGGACGGAAGCGUGCGCAGCCUGCACAUCCUCUGCACGGGCUCUGCGUUUCAAUUUGCCAUCAGAAGCAACUGAGGGCCGGGGGCGGCGCGGCGAUGGGGGGCCGGCGCCCGUGACGCCCCGCCGGCCCCGGCACCCCGCCAGCAUGACGAGCCUCUUCCGCCGGAGCAGCGGCGGCUCCCGCGGCGGCUCCGCGGUGCCGGAGCUCAACAACAGCCGGCCGGGCCGGCAGGUCCGGCGCCUGGAGUUCAACCAGGCCAUGGAGGACUUCAGCACCAUGUUCCCCCGCAUGGACUACGACAUCAUCGAGUGCGUGCUGCGCGCCAACCGCGGCGCCGUCGACGCCACCGUCGACCAGCUGCUGCAGAUGAGCCUGGACGGCGGCGACGGCAGCUCCGACUCGGAGGAGAGCCUGCCCGCCGAGAUCCUGGAGCGGACGCUGGAGCCGGACAGCUCGGACGAGGAGCCGCCUCCCGUGUACUCGCCGCGCGCGCCGCCCGCCCCACCGCCCAGGACGGAGGCGCCCGGCGGUGCCCGGCCCCGCGGCCGCUACCGCAGCUGGAACCCACCGCUCCUGGGCGCCCUCCCGGACGACUUCCUGCGCAUCCCGCCCCGGCCGCCCGCCGGCGCCCAGGGCUCCGGCAGCGGCGGGCGGCCGGCGGCGCCGCGCGGCCCGGGCGCCCUGGAGCAGGAGCGGCGGUGGAAGCAGUACCUGGAGGACGAGCGCAUCGCGCUCUUCCUGCAGAACGAGGAGUUCAUGAGGGAGCUCCAGAGGAACCGCGAUUUCCUCCUCGCCCUGGAGAGAGAUCGGUUGAAAUAUGAGUCAAAAAAGUCCAAGGCGGCCAGUGCUGCUAUCGGCAACGAUCCCGGUUUCUCCACCGCCACGCCAGGCGACGCGGCCCCCGCCGGGAGCAGCGAGGCCGGCAGCGCCGCGUCCGACGACGCCUUGUUCAGAGACAAGCUGAAACACAUGGGGAAAUCAACGCGCAAGAAGCUGUUUGAGCUCGCCAGAGCGUUCUCCGAGAAGACGAGGAUGAGGAAGUCGAAAAGAAAACACUUGUUGAAGCACCAGGUGCUGGGGACCGCGGCUUCCACAGCCAACCUGCUCGACGACGUGGAGGGACACUCAUGCGACGAAGACGUCCACGCGUGGCAGCCGCAGCUCCGGGAGGAGGAGGAGCCGCCGAAGGACGGGCAGUAAGUGGUGCCAGAGCCGGGGUUUUUCGCUGGAACAGAACAUGUAAAAGGCUUAACAAGAAGAUGGCUGAAAAAUGAAAACAAAAAAAAAAUCCCGACCACAAAUAACCCAGUUUUUGGCUGUUCCCCCUCUGCUGCUGUACUCCUCUGAAGGACAAGGAUCGAAGUGAGGCACAGUGUUUUCUUACCAGAGGUCUGAAAGCAACUUUUCCUGUCUAGCAAAUCAGCCAAAAACGCCCCAAGCGUAGCAGCUGGUGUGAGUCGCUGCGGUGGAGCUGGUGGAUCGCCUGGGCCCGCGGCCGGUGC